UGUCGAGCGACGAGAGCGACCUCCCACGCGCAGGGGACCGCUUUGUGGACCCCGUUGUUUCCGGCCGCUGCCAUUGGUGGAUAAACAUCCUUACGUCACGAGUUCCACGCCGUCCUCAAGAAUUUCUAUCCUGGCGCAGGUGCGACCGAAUUUUGUUCACAUUUGCGACAUCAAAAGCUGUGUGCUGGUGGGGGUCAUCGAGGCUCGAUGAAGACUUUUUAACACCGUCUUGGAAUAGCCGCUCGGUCUUCAAGCGUGAGAGGGAAAUGGACCGCUUCGCAGCUUCACAAUUGGCGGUCGUGAUGGAUAUCCACAGCUCCGCUGCAAGCUACCUUGCAGUGACACUGCAUGACCUCAUGGAGAGUUUUCGCGCGAAUGCGGAGGCAAGCCUGAUAUAUAUAACACGACCGCUUCAAAUUUCCGUCGCGUCUUGAGCAUUCUCUUAUCUCUUCCUGUGAUACAGCCUCCCAAGCCUCACAAACCGAAUUAGCACGCUUUUGAACAUGCCUUACCCAGAAACCGCCGUGGGCUUCCAGGCUCAAAGCUUUGAAAACUGGUCGACAUUUAAGAAGACGGAGUUCGAGCUCAAGCCGUUCGAAGACGACGAUGUGGAUAUUGCUGUCGACGCCUGUGGUGUCUGCGGCUCGGAUGUUCACACUAUAACCGGCGGUUGGGGCGAGGUGCCUAUGCCGCUGUGUGUAGGUCACGAGAUCAUUGGACACGCCGUCAAAGUUGGUAAGAACGUCAAGAACAUCAAGGUCGGCGACCGAGUGGGCGUUGGCGCUCAGAUUUCGGCCGACAUGACGUGCGUGAACUGCGUGAAUCACCAAGAAAAUUACUGUCCCAAUAGCGUGGACACGUACGGUGCACCGUACGGACCUAAGGGAACCAUCAGCCAGGGUGGCUAUUCUUCGCACGUCCGCGCUCACCAGUAUUUCACAUUUCCCAUCCCCGAAAAUAUCCCGUCCGAGAUUGCUGCACCGAUGAUGUGUGCCGGUAUCACCGUGUAUUCACCCCUCAAACGACUUGGCUGCGGGCCAGGCAAAAAGGUAGCCAUUAUUGGAGUAGGUGGUCUAGGCCACUUUGCUAUCCUAUUCGCGGCGGCACUUGGUGCUGAGGUUUACGUGAUCUCGCAUUCGCCCAGGAAGAAGGAGGAUGCGCUGAAGAUGGGCGCGAAGCACUUCAUCACCAACGACACAGAGGAUUGGGCCAAACCAUACGCGUUCACAUUUGACUUCAUCCUCAAUACAGCCGAUAUGGUUCACCAGUUUGACCUCAAGACGUAUUUUAGCACUCUAAAGGUUAUGGGCAAGUUCCACAACGUCGGUAUGCCCGAUGAACCGAUCUCGGUGAUGCUACAGGCCUUUGCUGGCACGGGCUGCUACUUGGGAACUAGCCACAUUGGCAACAGAGAAGAGAUGCUUGAGAUGCUGGAGCUUGCUAGCAAACAGAACAUCAAAAGCUGGGUCGAAACUAUUCCCAUCAGUGAAGCGGGCUGCAAGCAGGCUGUUGAAAACGUGAAGAAUAACAAGGCACGGUACAGAUAUACGCUGGUAGGUUACGAUGAAGCUUUCGGCAAACGAUACUAGACGAAGGGGGAAGGAGGUUUAGGGCUUGCACCACGUGUAUAUUUCUCGCAUGAAAAGUUCUAUAAUACAAGACAAAGAGAACCGUCGCCAAAUUCGACCGUGACUCAGCCUGUGCGUCGAGACAUACAUUUUGUUCGAUCUACGCAAUAACAAUUUUGAGCCAUAAAAAGUUCGGAUUCCCGGGUAUCCAAAAACAAAC